AUUUCAGCUCGGCUUGAUCUGGGUAAAAAUUUCCAUGGGCAGGCCAUUGCCAGAGGCUACUGCGUGUGGGUGGCUGACUUCAGAAAUGAUCGAUUGCGCUGAUUUCGACUGUUGGAGGAACUUGGCGCUCGGCGACUUCGGUUAAGUCAGUAAGUGCCCUCGCUGGCGUCCUCUCCGCCAUUAAGCUGGGACCUCUUCAUGCUAUUAUCUCCACCAAAUACUCGAAAACGCCGUGAAAGAAGUCGAAUACCUUCUGAGGUCGUUUCACUUGAGUGGGUGGGUGCUGUAGAGGCUGUCCAUCGGUGGAGGGGGAAUGGGAUGGGUUACCGUGGUUGUUAACUGCCUCCUCUCCUAGGGCUCCCUUCUCCCUCCCCUACCGGGCAUCAACCAUUGCGGGAGGAAGAGCUGUUCCUUGUGGCUUGCGUACCUCCCUCCUCGUCCCUCCCUGCCUGAGUCGCUCCUCCGCUCAGUGUUAUUCAAGAAGUGAAGGAGGGAUGAGUGUGCUUCUUUAUCACCUCGCACCUCUUGCCAUGUGAUUGAAAAAAUGUCUCCCAGUGUCACAUUCGAGUGUCCAUAUCGUCGGGAACGAAUCGUAUGGGUCAGUGCGUUGCCAAAUUUAGUCGGUCGUACCGCAAGUGUGGCAAUCAGUGAUGUGAAAGGUUUUCGUGAAAACUUUUGUUAUUCCAACCAGUGAUGUUAUGAAAAGCGUCAGAUUUAUGUGCUGUGAAUCUGUACCAUUAUGUAUGUGUGUUCUGUUAGGGCUAAGAAGGGUGUUCAGUUCCAGUCGAGCUCUGCCAACGAUCCUGUGAGUAAGGCUUUCGCAAGAAGCGCUGUGGGAGUUCAUCUGGGUUUGCUCUAGUGCUUGACCUGGCUGAGGGCACGCUCUGUUGUUUUAUGGUCAUUGCUCCUCCAGGGUCACGUGGUUAACUCCACCGAAAAUGAAAAGGGCUAGAGAAUACGUGAAAGGGAAGGUUUUUCCUGCUUUCUCGAAUUUUACGUCGAGUUGAAGAAGACUUCUGCCGUGUGAGUGAAAAUGCUGAACACAUUUCCCCCAUUCAUCAUCCUUCAGUCCGCCGGGAAUGAAGAGACUUUCUUUUCAAGGUGAGGAAGAGAGAAGCCGGUAUCCCUUUGGAAUCAGUACGGGGAGAUCGACCAGAUCGAUUGAAGGACGUUGUAACUCCUGCUUUGAUGUUGCAGUGUUUGGCGGAAGCAAGCAUCCCAGUCGUAGAGUAUCUGCUAUCUGCUAAAAAUGGCGUUUGUGUCUUCGUGUAACGUGUGGCUGGGGCUGCUCGGACCUCCGUAGCUAAAUAUUAUCACUGUCAAAUCACUCAUAGUGACAGCGGUGCUUGUUGAGCUCGCCUCGACAUCACUGCUGUUAGUGCCUGUCAUAACACCCUCUUCGCAAGUCAUGGGAGAUAGCAGUGCCGAUCUCAUGGAGACUUCCCCUCCGUCUUCACCAAACCUCCCUCCUCGAAGGCAUCAGCACAGUUCCUCCAGCGGCCGCAGGGGGACGCACAGGCUGGCUGCCCUCUUGCGGGCCAGACGAGUGAGGCUCAUGAGGCAGGACCAGCGGCGGGGCUGCCAAAGGACGCUCUCCACUUCGGAGUCCGAAUCCUAUUCGGGCAGCUGCCGUUGUGGGUCCCACAGAGGUCUGUCCAGGAACAACUCGACCCAGAGCGCCCACUCUGCCGCCACCAUCCAGACUCUAGUCUCAACUUCUUCUAAUAAAGGCCUUGCUGAAGAUGGACUAAAGCAAACGUCUAUGCCGAACCAAGAUGGUCACGUUACGGAUAAGUACUCGAAGUACGAAGAUCUCGGGGACGAUAAUGUGAUCGACGGGCUGCAGGUGAUCGCCGAGAGGGAGAUGAACUCCUUCCAGAAACAUAUCCCGGGCCUGAAGCGACACGAUGCUAAAACAUCCACCAUAAGACAACAUUACUAUCCUGAAGGAGGAUGGGGAUGGCUGAUUUGUGCUUGCGUAUUUGUGGUCCAUGUCCUCACCACGGGCCUCCAGUUCUCAUAUGGAGUACUGUUCACCGACCUCCUGGACCACGUGGGCCAAAAUCAUACAAUGGGAGCAAGUUGGGUAGGCUCCACAAGUAUGGCCAUAUCUCGCCUAGCAGCCCCGAUAGUAGUGGCUGUGUGCAGGAGGAAGUCAACGCGGCUGACAGCCGUCAUCGGUGGUCUAGUCAUGGCAUUAGCUGUUCUCUUCGCGUCGUUCGCCUUGCAGAUCCACCAGGUCUUUCUGAGUUAUGGCUUGGUGCUGGGCAUUGGCGUGGGCAUGACGAGAGAGACGGCGAACCUUAUGCUGGGUCAGUAUUUCAAAAGACGACGAGAAUUUGUCGAAAUCAUCGCUCAGUCUGGUUGUGGGAUCGGCAUCACCCUUUUUUCUGUGUUCUUCAAGGAAACCAUCAGAUCGGUGGGCUGGCGUUUGGGGCUGCAGGCUGUGACAGGGGUAGUGUUUACGAGUUUCUUUCUCGGAAUCUUUUAUCGAUCUGCAUCGCUCUAUCACCCACAGAGGAGGGCCAUCCUACAUCUCAAGAACCAGAAGAGAAAGCAAGUGAAAGAUAAGAAGAAGCAAGACUCCGAGAAGCCGCCCUACUUCGACCUGAGUUGCCUAAAAAUUCGAUCGGUUCAAAUCCUGAUCUUGACCUCCGCCGUCAUGUCUGUGGGUUUAUACACUCCUCUAUUCUACCUCAUUUUAGGGGGCCAACGAGAAGGAUUAGAAGAUUCAGCCUUGAUCUUACUUCAGACUUUCCUUGGGUUUGCAUACGCUCUCGGUUGCAUAGGAUUCGGUCUGAUUGUGGUGCGACAAAGUGAGGAAUGCAUGAUAUCCCGCCAGUACUUAUGCCAGACAUCUCUCUAUGGACUUGGGGUAACUGUGCUGGCUCUGACUGCAGUGAAAGGUUAUUAUGGGUACGUGCUCUUCAUGUGGUUGUACGGUCUUCUUUUAGGAGGAGCUCACUAUGCUUUCCAGAUGCUGACGCUGGAAAAAGUCAGAGCGAGGCACUUUUCCAGAGCUUGGGGAUUCAUCCAGGGAGCCACGGCCAUUCCCAUCUUGAUUGGUGUACCCAUUACAGGUUAUAUAAAUGAAAGCAGCAACAAGACGGGAUACUUCUUUGCAAGUUUCUUUGUCGUGACUGGAGCCUCCUGCUUGUUUCUACUGAGUUAUUUCAAAGAGCGCUUAGCGAAGCAAGACAUCAGUGUAUCCUUCACAACAGUUGAUUCCCAUUUGUCCCAUGAACCGUAUGCUCUUCCCCUUGAGAAUGGAGAAGGGGGAGGAGUAGGAGGAGGAGGUGGUGCAAAAGGAGGAGGAGGAGGAGGAGGUGGAGGAGGAGGCAGUGGUAUGAGCAACACUGUCAAUAAGCCAAUUAUCACAGUUGGUGGUCCAAUCACUAGUCCAGUUUGUACCUGUGGCAUGGAUUCAGGUGUUCCUCCUUCAGUGAAUAACCCACACAAUCCAUCUGGUUACCAGCACUACAACAAUAAACUAGGCAAGACUAUAUCCUUUGCAACCUCUGUAGAUGUGAUGGAGCCGCGCCUCAAACCAGAACUCUUGACAUGUAUCUCAGAGGAGGGUUUGCUAGAUCACUAUUAUGAUUACGUAGGUGAUUGUGUUGAUACUUGUAAGAAUAUAGAUCAGUUCUUCUCUUACAAUGAAUGUGACGAUGGGAUGGAUUUCCCUUGCGUGGACGACGAGCAGGACGAACAUUUGCUGAGGCGAUCCCACCAUUCUACCCUACCCAGCCACCCAACGAGCCGUCGCCUUCGACAAUCCAGUGGUGUGAGUUUUAGUGAGCCGGAAGGUCUAGCUAGGUUAGGGCAGGGCAACGGCGUUGGGUACGGGGGCUCAUCUGCGAUGGGCAUGGGAUUCGGCAUCAAAAGGCACUACCCUCUGUAUGAAUGCCACGUCCCCUCGAUCCCCCGCCCACCUAUACUACGAAGAGUACCUACCAAAAGACCUGGACGGUCUAUCACUGUCAUAGAAGAGAUGACAACUUCCGUGUAGCCUCGGAGGCCUGUCACGACCGCUAUCCAGACCACAUCACCCGCACAUCACAACACAAAUUUACAGUGUCACCAAUAUUAUGAUGCUCCUGAAUGCUGUGCCGACGCUCCCCAAGUUAGGGAAGAAGUCUAUCAUCCUGACCAGCGUAGUUUCAUACAUCAGGAUUGCGAGUGUUAUGACAAACCUGUGAGUCAUAAUCGAUCGGCAUCUGUCAGAGUGAAAUCCAACAUCUAAAGCAAAGGUGCAAGUUACAUAUACAACUAUAUAUAUAUUAUUUUGAGACGAAGGGAAAUGACAGAAAACACAGAAGAGCAAAGCUGUUCGUGGGCUUAUUCCACUUCCCUGUUCGCUCUCAAAAUAAUGAAUGUAUACACACAACUUUACAUAAUACAAACAUAUAUAUUUAUAUCAUUACAAGAUAAAAGACAACAGGAACCAAUCAAUAAAUAAAUAAAUAAAUACAUUCUGGUCGAGGAAAAACUCACCAGAUCUAAACAAACCGAAGGUCUUCCCUUGAUAUCCUUCCAUGAAUUACAUACAAACAGUAUUUUGGAGAACUUUUGUACAUUCGUGAGUCUCGUAGCAUCGACGCCAGUGUCUUGUAGCUUGAUUGAUUGAUGGUUUGAGAAUCACCGCUUGUUCUUCAAGUUCUUGCUAACAUUCAUCCAUUCACUUGGUCGUGAUAAGGCUUCCCAGUACAGUAUAUAAAUAUAUAUAUAGUUAUUUAAGUCCCAGGUGGAAUCAUUUGAAAUAACUCAUUUAAAAAAAAAACAACUGAUUCCAAAUGGUUUGGAUACCUAGGCGUAAGUUCACUUGUUAUGAUUCACCGUAUGAACAUUUUUGUAUAUAGGUAGAGGAGGAAUAUACUACUUUAAUAAAAAUGUGUUGUAAGAUGACGACAGUGUUAUUUAUUUUUUUGAGUUUUAAGAUUCUAUUGUACGUAUGUGUCCUGUAAUAUGCUCCUGAUUUGUAGCGAAGUAAUGAACCUAAUAUAAUAUAAAGA